AUUAUGAAAGAGUUUUGAGGGCAAAGUUCUAUUUUUGUGCAAAUUUCACUCUUAAACGAACUGAUAUGUCGUCUGCGAUUAGAAAUUUCAAAUCAUUUUUGCUUUCAAAUCACUCCAAAAACCCUGCUCGACUGGUAUUAAGAGCAAUGAGUUCUGGAACUUCGUGUGAAUAUGAGACGCUCAAGGUCACCACACCAUUGGAAAAUGUUGUCCAAGUAGAAAUAAACAGACCAGAAAAAAGGAAUGCAAUGAACAGGGCAUUUUGGAGAGAAAUCAGAGAAUGUUUCCAGAAGUUAGCAAAUGAUUCCGACUGUCGAGCAGUGGUCCUUUCUGCAGCUGGGAAAGUAUACACUGCAGGGUUGGAUAUCAUGGAUAAUGCUGAACUCAUGAUGCAGGGUGAUGUUGAGGAUGUGGGCAGGAAGGCAAUGAAUUUUAGAAAUAUGAUCCGAGACUACCAAGAAAGCUUUACUGUCAUAGAAAAAUGUCCUAAACCUGUUAUAGCUGCCAUCCAUAAUGCAUGUGUUGGUGGUGGAGUAGAUAUGGUAACAGCCUGUGAUAUUCGUUACUGCUCAAAGGACGCAUGGUUCCAGAUUAAGGAAGUGGACAUUGGGCUGGCUGCAGAUGUUGGUACGCUCCAACGGUUACCGAAGGUGAUAGGAAAUGACAGCUUAGCAAGAGAGCUGGCAUACACAGCGAGGAAGAUGAUGGCUGAUGAAGCCAAGGAAGCUGGAUUAGUCAGUAAAGUUUUUGAAGACCGUGACAGCACUAUUAAUGGUGCCUUGGAAACGGCAGCAGUGAUAGCCAGUAAAAGUCCAAUAGCAGUUCAGGGUUCCAAGAUCAGUCUUGUCUACUCAAGGGACCACUCAGUCCCUGAAGGACUGGUGAACGUGGGCACUUGGAACCAGGCUAUGUUACAAAGCGAAGAUCUUAUGAAAGCUGCAAUGGCAAAUCAGACCAAGGAAAAGGCCACCUUCUCAAAACUGUGAUCAUGGGAGAUUACCGGGUGAAAUGAUUCCAUGGACUUGUGUCUGAUCUAAUGCAAACAGGCGUUAACUUGCCAUAUAACUAUUUCCUGUAGUUAUUUAUUCUAAAAAAUCCUUAAUUUAAAUGAAAAUA